ACCACUGCAGGGAUACAAAAUAAUAGACCUUUAGCAGAAAAAGGUUUGGCAAAUACAUUGCACAAACCAUUUAGAUGCAGUGAAUCAUUCUUAUUAAGUUGGUAGAAUCCUUUUGAAAAUGUAGGUUCCUAAUACAAAGAUUGAACUUCGUGAGCAGGCAUUUUUAAGAAUAAGCAGUCUCAGGACUGAUAAUAUUAACUCAGUUAUGCACAUCAGGUAAGACUUCAUUAUGACAGAUACUUGACAUGUACAAAAUGAAAUUAAAGGGUAACUUAGCAGUACAUCUUACUCCCUGGAUUCUCUAAUGAAAUGGGUGUUUCUACUUUGCUGUUGCCUUUAUGAAUAGUUCAGUUCUAGCAUUAGUACUGCUCUGUAGGAGGGAGUAUGUGUGAGCAGAGUAAGAGUUGUGACAAUCAAGUCAUAGAAUAAAUGCUUAGAAAUUAUAGAAUCAUGUAAACAGCUUAUGAAUUGAGUAUAGAUUCCUAGUGCUGUCAGUCUCACCCAUCCUUCUAUCCACAUGUGUUGGAUGUUCUAGGACUCAGCGGCUUUUGAGGAUGUGGCUGUGAACUUUACCCAGGAGGAAUGGGCUUUGCUAGAUUCUUCUCAGAAGAACCUCUACAGAGAAGUGAUGCAGGAAACCUGCAGGAACCUCGCUGAUGUUGGAAACAAAUGGAAAGACCAGAAUAUUGAAGAUUACUUCAAAAAACCUGGGAAAGAUAUAAGAAAUCAUAUGGUACAGAGACUGUGUGAAAGCAAAGAGGGUAAUCAAUAUGGAGAAGUUGUCAGCCAAAUUCCAAAUCUUCAUCUGAACAAGAACAUUUCUACUGGAUUAAAACCAUGUGAAUGCAGUAUUUGUGGAAAAGUCUUUAUACGUCAUUCCCUCCUUAAUAGGCAUAUUCUAGCUCACUCAGGAUACAAACCAUAUGGAGAGAAGCAAUAUGAAUGUGAGCAGUGUGGGAAAUUCUUCGUUUCUGUUCCGGGUGUUAGAAGACACAUGCUAAUGCACAGUGGAAAUCCAGCUUAUAAAUGUACGAUAUGUGGAAAAGCUUGUUAUUUUCUCAGUGCAUUUGAAAGACAUCAGAGAACUCACACUGGGGAAAAACCCUAUAAAUGUAAACAGUGUGGUAAAGCGUUCACUGCUUCCGGUUCCUGCCUAAUAUAUGAACAAACUCACGCUGGAGAGAAACCCUACAAAUAUAAGGAAUGUGGGAAGACAUUCAGAUUUUCUUGUUCUUUUAAAACUCAUGAAAGAACUCACACUGGAAAAAGACCUUAUAAAUGUACCAAAUGUGAUAAAGCCUUCAGUUGUUCCACUUCCCUUCGUUACCAUGGGAGCAUUCAUACUGGAGAGAGACCCUAUGAAUGUAAAAAAUGUGGUAAAGCCUUUAGUCGUUUCAGUUCCCUUUGUAGCCACAGAAGUACUCAUACUGGAGAGAAACCCUAUGAAUGUAAGAAAUGUGGUAAAGCCUUCAGCCGUCUCAAUUCCCUUCACCUCCAUUUAAGAAUUCAUAUUGGGGAAAAGCCCUAUGAAUGUAAGAAAUGUGGUAAAGCCUACACUCGUUCCAAUCACCUUACUCGCCAUGAAAGAAGUCAUGAUGUAGAGGCUGGGUGCAGCAGCUCAUGCCUGUAAUCCUGGCACUUUGGGAGGGCCAAUGUGUGUGGAUUGCUUGAGCCCAGGAGUU